UGUAACCAACUAACGUAUUCGCGAACAACGGAUUACGUUAUAAAAUAUAUAACAACAUAAUCAGCCUAAAAAACCUGCAUAGAAUGGGCGGAUUGAAAUGCGACAAUAAUUUUCAUUACAUUUAGUAAUGACUGAUUUAAGCCUUUUCUCUUUUUUCGAUCGUAUAAACUAAAGAGCGGCGGUACUGCAGUAUUCUGUCCUUUAUAGGAUCCCGUAGGCAUCUUUCAGUGUUCUCCCUUGUAGAUGUGCAGUUUGUGGUGACACACACCAAGUGCUGAAGGGAUCUCUGGGCGCCAUGGAGCAGAUUAAUAACAUCCAGGUAGUUCCGUGCACCAGCUCAGAUAUCUUGAAACCGUUCAGGGUGCACUACAGCCAGAAUGGAACCAGGAAGUCUUGGGACUUUAUGCAGACCCAUGACAGUGUGUCUGUCUUGAUCUUCAACACGACCCGUCACUGUUUCAUCCUAGUCAAGCAGUUCCGUCCAGCGGUGUACAUGUGUGAGUGGGAGAAGAGCCAGCCAGAGAAGGUCAAGGAGAAGGUCAGCGAAGAGGCGGGGAAGGAUGCUUCGAAGGGCGGAGAGCCGGGGGCGGAGUCAGCUGAGACAGAGACAGAUAAUGCAGAGCUGGAUUCGGGACACAUCCAGGACAUCCCACCAGCCUCAGUGGGCGUGACCUACGAGUUGUGUGCCCGGCCAGUGGAUAAGCCUGACCUUUCCCUGGAGGAGAUCGCCCGUCAGGAGGUUCUAGAAGAGUGCGGCUAUGACGUUCCUGUCACCAAGCUGCGGAGGAUCACCUCCUACAGGUUGGGCGUGGGAGUCACCGGCGCCAAGCAGACCAUGUUCUACGCAGAGGUGUCAGAUGAGAACUGUGUGGGCGUGGCCGAGGGCAGCAGGCAGGCGUCGGAGGGGGAGCUCGUCGAGGUGGUGAAGGUGCCCUUACAUGAAGCCAUCAGAUUCGCCUACGACGAGAACAUCCCCAAGACCAUGGGCGUGAUCUUCAGCUUCGUCUGGUUCCACAGCAAUAUGUCACCCAAGUACAAGAUAUCCACUAAUGUGUAGCAUGUUCAGCCAGUGUCAAAUUACUCCCCCCUCCCCCCCUCCAUUACCUAGGCUGGGGGAUUUUCUGUUAAUACAUUUUUUUAAUGUAUGGAUGUAUGUAUGUAUGUAUGGAGUAAAAGUGAUUUAGGUAAAUGGCCUUUUUCAUUAUAGCUUGUACAGUAGGUGGUUUCUCUGUUACUCCUACUACAUUUAACUGCUUAAUUCAAGAUUCAAGAUGUUUUAUUGUGCAACAAGUCCAAUAGACUGCUUACCCAGGCACACCCAGAGAACUAUUGUCAGCCCUAAAGCAGUGCUAACACUGUAGUUUUAUUGCAAUUCAUUUGUUGUAAUGUUUUCUUUUUUAUUUCCCGUUAUCAGUGUCUGUUGGCCAUAAUAUAUAAGUCAAGGGCUUAUGGGAUUGGGAAGGUUCUGUUUCGGAUCAUUAACUUUAGAUAUGACAUUUGAUACAGCCAUUCCGCAAGGCAGGGAGCAUAGGGCUGUGUCACAUCCAGUCGUUUCUGUUUAAAUACAGACAGUCAAAACACUAUCAGGCUUGGGAGUCAACUGAGCCUCACCACCAUCAGCAGGCUCAUAACAGGGGGAUGCUACUUGUGGUGAAACGGUGCUAGCAGAUAUCUCAGGUUUUACAGCUGUGGUGGGGCAGGGGCGGGAGGCGCUCACGGCUAGUGUGAAUUGCACGUUUACGCAGUCUUAACAUACAAACAAACACAGACGAACAUGGCACCAUGGAACCGUGGGGGGAUUGUAAUGAUAUGUUUGCGACUGUACAAAUUUGACUUGAGAGCUGCUAAGUGAUUUGGCGGUAACCUGAAAGGUGUCGUUGUGCCUUUAAAUUAACUUCUUUUGGUUAAGGGUGACAGUCAGGAAUGUGGCUCCAGGCUUCCAUUCCCGUGCUCUUAUGUCAUGCUUUGUGCUCUCUGUCAGCAUGCCGUGUGCCAUUUUAGCAGUAGGACUGACAUCUGAGUGAAGUUCGUAGUGCAAAUAAAUGUCCCUGCAACACGGAAGGCCAGAAUGUGGGAGCUGGUCUGUUUCAUUGUAGUAUAAAAUGUGCAGGUUAACUUUGCAAACAGUUUUCCUGUCAUGCUGAUGGAUUGAAGACAGUUAGGAGGUAUGGCGGACAAUGCAAAUGAGGUUUUUUUGUCCUGGAGUACCUGAGCUGUGGCUGCAGCCCAUUCAGGCUGUUUACCGUGGUGAUACAGGGUGAGGAUUCAGGUUUGGGUUCAUUUUGCAAAGCCAUUGAGCUGAAGGAUGUAUAAAUCAGGUUUGAAUGUUAACGGUAUGAUGUAUUAAAGCAGUUUUAUACCACAGUGUUUACUGUAGCUUGCACAAGUAUUAAGUUUUAUUUCUUAAUAUGAAUCAUCAAAUAAGUAAUACAGUAUUGAAUUGACUUGAGUUAAAAUUUUGUACUGGUGUAUGUAUGUUUUGGGCUGUGGAUUUUUAUGGAUUUUCCAUAUUUGUUAAUGAUAUUAAUCUUUGUCUUUGUUUUACAGUAUUAAGACAUAAAUAUAAAUAUUUACAGUCUACUGUUGCGCUGUCAGAAUGUCA